AUGUUAGUUUGAAACAGCUAAAAGCAAGAAUGAUGCGGUUCAAUACAUAAACGCGACGUGACAGGGUUCUGUUGUUGUUUGAAAUGACACGCGCUUUGUUCCUCAGCUGCUUUAGGUCCUCCUCAAGCUUUGAUGCUUUCUCCCGUCUCCUCUCCACUCGUCCUCCUCCUGCUCUGGCCCAGUGCCUGCAGCUACGAGGCUCCUGAGGAGACGCAGGACGUGUUCGCUACGCGUGCCUGUCCGGCCUUCCUGACCUUCACCAACGCCGCCCACCUGGCUGGAGCCACGGUGGAGCUCCCAUGUCACUGCAAACCCCACCAGGUUCAGUCCGUUGUGUGGUUCUUUAAGAAGCAUCUAGGACACUCUGCGGAGACCAAAGCCUUGACUGAUUACCAUGGCAACAAGGUGCUGGACACAAGCCACAUCCCUCACAGUGCUGACCUGCGUAGUCGAUUCUCCAUCCGCCUCUUUAGCCUGUUGAUCUUCAGGGCGGCUCCCGGUGACUCUGGUAUCUAUAUGUGUGGCUCUGCCCACAAAGACUUCUUCUACGGUUAUGACCUGGACAUUCAGGAGGCGCAUAUGCUCAGAUCUAGUUCAAGGCUCAAGACGCAGGACAUGAGAAACAGAGCUGCCUCUGCUGGCUUAGCUCAGCCCCUGUAUGAGGUGUUCACCAGGUUCCAGCCCUGGUCAGUGUGCAAUCGCUGUGGAGUGGCUGGGGAGCAGGUGCGCGUGGGACUCUGCUACCUCCAGUCCAACUACCUGCACGUGCGCUACAGACGAGCCAACCAAACGGUGGCUUCAUGCGGCUCCAGGGCGGUGCCUCGGGCCUUUGUCCACCUGGAGCAGAGGAGGGUUGAGGCCACGUUAGAAGUGCGGAGCUGUACAGUAACGUGUCCACCUCCAGACCCUCGUCCUUCCAGACUGGACUCUCUGAUGACAUUUCUUGGCUACAGUUCGGCCUCUCGGCCAUCGGCGGUGCCAGUGUUUUACGUGAACCAUCCAGCAGACAGCAGCCUGGCCUUGGGUUGCCCUGGCGCUCAGUCCAGCAUGGCUGUAGCCUGGGACCGAGGAUCUAAACCCAUCUACCAAACAGCGGCUAACCUCAGCAUCAUAGGCGCCAGGAUAGUGAUAGACGCUGGACAUCACCUGUUGUUCAGACCUGCACAAACACAGGACUCAGGCGUCUACUACUGCUGGCUGCAGGGCCGCCGGGCUGCAGAGAUACACUUGCUGGUCUACGCCCAUCUAGGGCGGAGCCAGUCGGUGACAUCACACCCUGACUUCCAGAAGGCUGUGUUGACUGUGCUCCAAUCCUUUGCCAUCAUGACGGCUGUGUUUUGCCUGCUGGUGUUUGUCAAAGCUGGAGUCAGACACUUAAGGGACAAUGGAGAAAUAUACAUGGAUUAAAUUCUUUUAAAUUAGUACAAGUGUAUUUAAACAACCACUAAUGAGCAAUAAUAAAGGCCAAAAGCUUUGCUAAGUGUA